UAGCUACUAGUAGUGGCAAUGCAUCGCCACACACCAAACGAGGCAUUGUGGCUACAAUACCUAUUACUCCAUCUACUUCUCAGGAUGUCUAUGCAGGCUGCCCGUUCAGAUUUUUCUCUGUCAAUAUCACAGCCCCACUAGGAGAGGUGCGGAUUGGCUAUCUUGUGCGAAAUGUGAGGAGAACUACCCAAUAGCUGGCCUCUCUCGCAGGUUGUAGCUAUCCACGCACUGCGGUACGGUACAUGUGGAUCAUUCCCUCUGUGUAGUCAAUACUACCGUAUGCACUCAGAAGUUGGAUUCUGGGGCUCCUUUUUGCAUUUUUGAAGAGUCGAUCCUUCUUUCUCGUCACCAUCAAUUUCGUAGAAUGAUCAAUCCCUCUUUGUGCGGCGAUGGGUCGUGCCGGGCAGAAAACGGUUCUGUAGUAACAAGACGCUCUUUAACGAAGCGGUUGUUGCUGCGUUGUAGCUGCUUCCCGAUUCCUUCGAAAAUGCCUUGCAGUCAGAAUUCCGGCCCAACAAACGCAACAAAGGAGGAUCGACACUACGAUAAUCCAAAAGAUCGCACCGUCCAAAAAGCCGAACAUCCUGAUACAAAUAUCGAUCAAUGCGCUACGUACUCUCUUGUUGAUCUCUUCUGGGAAGAUUUCGGAGAUGCUUGGCGACAAAUAAACUGUCAGAGCUGUCAUCACCUACCGGUAGGUCCAAAUCGUCAAGGCAGUCCUUGAGUCCUGAGUCGAGUCGUUCUCUCGCGCUCGGAUCUGUUCCUUCUUCCAAAAGCUCUUGGACGAGAGACGCUGGACGUUUGUUGUUGUGGACCACCAUGACGAGGCUAUACAUUGCAGACUAUGACAACGACUCUCACACAGUCCUGGUGCAUCUGUGUGAACUCCAAUAUGAUCUGUCCCCUCUUCACAACCUGGUUGUGACUGGAGCUCCUCUGGAAGUCGUUCAGCUAGUCUACGAACAUGAUACGACUCAAAUGAACAAGGAUAUCUUUCUCGAUGCCUGCAGGCACAAUGCCAGCCCAGAGGUGAUGGAGUUUCUGAAGAGUCUGCUGCCAAGGGAUGCCUGCACAGAAAGUGAUAUUUCUGGUGCAAUGAUGGAUAUCAUUAAUGACACAGACAAUAUUCACAACAAUCAAGACGACAGGUUUCGCGUGCUCCUUUCCUGGUGUCCCCAAGCUGCACUAGCUCAAAGAUAUGGAAGAUUUGGUUCUGAUAGUCCCUUGUUUGCUACUCUCUGCGAGUCCAACGAUACCAGGGAUACUCAAGUAAUAUCUGAGGAUGUAAUUGCUGACAUCAUCCAGAGUAUUCCCAACAGUGUCACGGAAAUAAAUGUGCCAAUAGACCACAGAGAGGUUACUUGUAGACGUCAUCAAGUUUUCAGAGCUGCAUUGAAUGCCAAACUCAAAGAAACGACAGCACUUGAAGAUUUGACCAUACAAUUAUACCACCAAGAUCAGAUUGAUAGAAAUUCCAGGGACACAAUUUGUGACCUUAUUUCCUCUGGGAAAUUGAAGUCUCUCACGGUUAAAAUGACGAAGAAUGCAUCUGGUUGUUUCUUUGUGCCGAAUUUUGAUACGGUGGAAGCAGCUGGCAGCGCCUCCAGUCUCACACAGCUUCUAUUUGAUCUGGUAUUUUGUGCAUGCACAAAACAGGACAUAUUGUUCUUCCAGGAUCGCAUGAUCGAGGUCUUGAAGGCAAACACGUCUCUCACACGUGCAAGGAUUUCGUUUUAUUCACACUUUAUGAGUGUUAUUAAUACAGAGAUUUCUGGCAAUGAGACAUUGAUAAAUUACUUCAGCUUGCUGAAUCGCUAUGGACGAGGCGUGAUGCGAGCCCCCGAGAAGUCUCUAAGGGAUGUGGUUGAAAAGUUGGCAGCCUGCACAAGUGAAUCCGGGCCUGGUUUGUCUGUGCUGUACGGUCUCCUUAGGGAAGCCCCUGGAAAGUGGAGUGCUCCAGCUGUACAACUAGAGAAAGAGAAGGCACCAGCUGGGAACACUCCAAGUCGUAAACGGAAAGCCAAUUCUCUCGACUGAGAAUGGUUAGGAGCUCUAGUGGUUCCGUCCUUAUGGCGCUAAUGUGACAACGAAUCUUGGAAUAUUUACAAUACAUGUUGACAAAAUAAAUUCAAGGAUACAGUCAUAGUACAUGUACAGGUACCUGCAUGGUGUUGAUACAACAAAACUUGCAGACUACUGUAAAAUCCCUGCCUCGACAGCUGGCUAUAGCAGACCAACUGAAGGAUCUCUCAAAACUUGUCGUGAAUUCAUUCUUCAACAAAUGUAACCAUUGCUAUGCAAUGCCUCAGAACUUCAUGUCAUAGUUCUUCCCACAUUGUAGUCUACCGAUUGUUGAGUGAUUUUCUGUUCGCUUCACGGCGGAAGAUGUGUUGACGGUUUGGUCUGGCUGGUCCCUGCAUCGGGGAAAAUUGUGGAUCAAAUUCUUCUGUGACUCCGUUUGGUCAUUUGGUCACUCAAUCCAUGACGAUCAUAACCAUUGGAAGCCAAAGAUCCCACUAUGUCCC